AUGAAGACGUCUUCCGCUGUCAUCGCCGCCAUUAUUGGAUUUGCAUCCUAUGGCUCAGCUCACAUGCAGAUGUCGGAUCCUCCUCCCUUCCUCUCCAAGUUCAACAAGUUCACCGAGCAGGGGAAGCAGGACGAUAGUAUGACGAGUCCUCUCUUGGCCAGCGGCUCCAACUUCCCUUGCAAGGGAUACCACAGCCUCGUUGGCACUCCUCAGGGCCAGUCUGUUGCGACCUGGACUCCAGGUCAGUCCUACAAAAUGACCAUCGCCGGCACUGCUACCCACAACGGAGGCAGCUGUCAGGCGUCUCUUUCAUUUGACAGCGGAAAGACGUGGAAAGUCAUCCACUCGUACGUUGGAAGCUGCCCUCUGCAGGACGGGGCGGCCUUUAGCUUUACUGUGCCUUCUGACACACCCGCCGGUGAUGCUCUAUUUGCCUGGACUUGGUUCAACCAGCUGGGCAACCGCGAAAUGUACAUGAACUGCGCCGCCGUGACCAUUGGAGGCGGCGCCAAGAUCCGCAAGGCUCGUGGUGAUACCACCCCCUUCAGCAGCCGGCCUGCCAUGUUUACUGCCAAUAUCGGCAAUGGCUGCUCAACCGAAGAGAGCAAGGACGUCGUCUUCCCCGACCCCGGCUCCGAGCUCGAUACGAAAUCUGACAAGCCCGCUCCACCGGCUGGAAGCUGCGGCACUAAAGGAUCCGGAUCCGGAUCCGGAUCUGGAUCCGCUUCUGCUCCCGCUCCGGCUGCCUCUGGGGCGCUGGUGAACAACAGCAACAACAACGCUGGAAACCCCAGUGCUCCUCCUGCUAGCACUCCUUCACCCACACCGGUGUCUACUGCCGCAGCUGCAAGUACACCCAAGCCGGUUGGCAGCGGAGGAUCUUGCCGUGCCAAGUAA